UCUCAGUUUAAAAUGGUGAAUUAUUCUUAUGAUGAAGACCUUGAAGAGCUGUGUCCAGUUUGUGGUGAUAAAGUGUCUGGGUACCACUAUGGACUCCUCACCUGUGAAAGCUGCAAGGGAUUCUUUAAGAGAACAGUCCAAAAUAACAAAAGGUACACAUGUAUAGAAAAUCAGAAUUGCCAGAUUGACAAAACACAGAGAAAGCGUUGCCCUUACUGUCGAUUUCAAAAAUGUUUAAGUGUUGGAAUGAAGUUAGAAGCUGUGAGAGCUGACCGAAUGCGUGGUGGUCGAAAUAAAUUUGGACCAAUGUACAAGAGAGACAGGGCACUAAAGCAGCAAAAGAAAGCUCUUAUCCGUGCAAAUGGACUUAAACUGGAAGCCAUGACUCAGGUGAUCCAAGCAAUGCCCACUGACCUGACAAUAUCCUCUGCAAUUCAGAAUAUCCAUUCUGCCUCCAAAGGCCUACCUCUGAACCAUGCUGCCUUGCCUCCUACAGACUAUGACCGAAGUCCCUUUGUAACCUCUCCAAUUAGUAUGACAAUGCCACCUCAUGGCAGCCUGCAAGGUUACCAGACCUAUGGCCACUUUCAAAGCCGUGCUAUCAAGUCUGAGUACCCUGACCCGUACACUAGCUCCCCAGAGUCAAUAAUGGGCUACUCAUACAUGGAUAGUUAUCAGACAAGCUCACCAGCAAGUAUUCCACAUCUGAUAUUGGAACUCUUGAAAUGUGAGCCAGAUGAGCCACAAGUCCAGGCUAAGAUCAUGGCAUACUUGCAGCAAGAGCAAGCCAACAGAAGCAAACAUGAAAAGCUCAACACAUUUGGGCUUAUGUGUAAAAUGGCUGACCAAACCCUCUUCUCCAUUGUUGAGUGGGCAAGGAGUAGCAUCUUUUUUAGAGAACUUAAGGUUGAUGACCAAAUGAAGUUGCUUCAGAAUUGCUGGAGUGAACUCUUAAUACUAGAUCACAUUUAUCGGCAAGUGGUACAUGGGAAAGAAGGCUCUAUCCUUCUGGUUACCGGGCAACAAGUGGAUUAUUCUGUAAUAGCAUCUCAAGCAGGAGCCACCCUCAACAACCUUAUGAGCCAUGCACAGGAGCUAGUGGCAAAGCUUCGUUCCCUUCAGUUUGAUCUACGAGAGUUUGUGUGUCUCAAGUUCUUGGUGCUCUUUAGUUUAGAUGUCAAAAAUCUUGAGAACGUCCAGCUGGUGGAAGGGGUUCAGGAACAAGUGAAUGCUGCUCUGCUGGACUAUACAAUGUGCAACUACCCACAGCAAACAGACAAAUUUGGCCAGCUUCUCCUGCGGCUACCAGAAAUCCGUGCCAUCAGUAUGCAGGCUGAAGAAUACCUCUACUACAAACACCUGAAUGGGGAUGUGCCAUGUAAUAACCUCCUCAUUGAAAUGCUGCAUGCAAAGAGAGCAUAAAUUAUACCCAUUAGAGCUUCUGCUUUCAAGAAAAAAAAAUACUCUGAACUGCUCCAAGCAAUGCUAAUUAAAAACUUGGUUUUAAGACUUUGCAAAAUGGUAUAAUAAUCAAAUACUUAAUAGUAAAUAAGUGAUGUAUCAGGGUAUUUGUAUUGCAAACUGUGAAUCAAAUGCUACAUAUCCCCAAAGGAAUCUGUAUAGGACUUUGUACCAGAGUGAAAUGAGCUUACAAGUGGAUACUAUCACCAAUGUCAACAUGAAAAAGGACAGAACAAGUCUUGUAUAUUUAACUUUCCUGAUCACCAAUAUGAAGAAAUUUAGGAACAAACUGAUCUGUGUUAUUAAGCUAAUAUAGUGGGGAAUUUGAGUGCACUGAAUUCCUUCAUUGUAUAGCCGGACUUCUAAAAGAAUUCUAAAGGAUGCAAGACAGCAUCUCCAACAUCUUUCAUCCUUCCAAGGACCCAAUGCCUACUUCUUCUGGCAUAAAUGAAGUGGCAUCUAUUCAACAAUCUGUAAUAAAUACCUGGAGUAGGCCACACACUAUAGUAGCUCCACCAAAUCAUAAAAGCCUGGUUUUGAAUGUCUGUGUCUCAGGCCUGCAAAUAGCUAAUAUGAAGUCUGUUAAUAAGUUAGCUUGACAUUCUUAAUAUGUUCUGAGGUUUGUUUUGUCAUGUGUUCAUGUUGUUAAAUCAGGCAGUAUCCCUCUUCUGCUACUAUUAUAUGGAAUGGCUACAAAACAUCAAAAAUAGCUGCUCCAAAGCAAAUUAGCCAGUUCAAUCAUGUUUCUAUUGCAGUAGCUAAAACAUGGUUCUGGCAUAGGAAUUUCUUAGAUUUUCUAGCAAGUAAGCUUGUUGAAGAUAAUCAGUCUUUUAGCCAUCAUGUUGGAAGAUAGCUUCUUUAAAAACAAUCUUUUCUGGGACUUCAAAUUAUGACAUUUCUAAAUAAUGCAAGCCAACAACUGAAGUGUAUUUAGCUAUGCAAAAAAAGAAGCCUAACAAUAUAUCAGCUGACAAAAACAAGUAGCUCAUUAAAAAAUUAUCUUUAUAAUUACCAAUAAAAUAAAGAAAGUAAAUUUGAGACACAGGUCCUCAAGUUAACACAACUUUAAAAAAAUAAAAGUUAGGUAAUUAAAAUCCUUUACAUGAGGAAAGAAGAGUGAUACUGCCAUGUCUAUGUAGACCAAAGUCUGCUGCAGAACAAAUAUUGGAUAAGGACAAAUAAGUACAUCUCUAUUCAAAUGAAGAUAUCAGUAUUAUAACAUGUAGUGCCACAGUUAUGAAAGUUUUGCCUUAUCUCAUUAUCUUAAAAGGUAACUGUGCAGGUGUGGAUCAACAUAUGUUUAAAAUAAAGUGUUAAUACUUUACACUUUAAAAAAACCAUAGUGUUUACAUUCUUUAGGUCCUGUGGGGGAAAACUGUGAUAAAAUUGCAAAGCAGUGAUUUCCUUAAUGUUGCUUUCAGAUUGGUAAUUACUUUACCAGUAUUUAAUUGCUGUAUGUCGUGAGACACUAAAAUCAAAAGGGGAAUUUCAUUUCAACUUUAAUUUUUUGAGAUUAUUGGCUGCACAAUCACUUGUAGAAACUGUAUAAACUCUUAAUCCCUUAAUUUUUUUCAUGAAGAUUGCUGGCUUUUGAAUAGUUUAUUUAUAUUGUAUAUCAUAGUUUUCACUGUAGACAAUUAUGAUGCUAAUUUAUUGUUCUUUAGUUUCAUCUUUAUAUAAAAUAUAGCCAGAAUAAAGAAGCCAAAUAUAUGUGUUUACUGUAGCAUGUCUUCAAGUUAGUGGAACAUAGUUCAGGGACAUACAAGGGUCUUGACAAAUUAAAAUCAUUCACUUGAUUAAAUGUCUGUAAAUCUUCAUAAUCCUAAAUGUAGUUUAUUUAAAUCUAUUGUAAAUUAUGUGAGUUGUAGCUUCUUCUGUUUCAUGUGAAUUUAAAAAGGUGCAUUCUUAUCUUCAAUUCUUUUCCAAGCAUUGUACAUUUUAUACCAAAGACAUCAGUUAUUCCGUAUGUAAUAGUACAAAACAGAUUAUUUUAAUCAUCUGUAUUAAUCAGUUUUACUGGUCUGUCCAUGUGUAGGGUACAAACCUAGAUUUCUGUCUCACAUUACAGAACACUGCUCACUCUGUCAUACUGACCAAAUGUAAUCUGAAAGUAGUUCAUCCAAAUACCAUAUGCACUCAAUAGGAAAGGACACAUCAAUUGAAAAAAACAGCAAAAAUAAAAAAGAUGUGAGUGGCAUUUGAAGGUGGUUGUGAAGUUCUGUAGUCACAUAUGUACAACAUAGGUAUAGUGAUUUUUUUUUUACAUUUCAAGUUUUGCAUUCUGUACAUUUACAAUUUUUAUUGAAACAUGAUGGUGAACCUCACUGAAUAUUAAAAAUUUUAAAAAUAUAAAUAAAAAUGUGUUGCUAACUCUAUACAAAGCACUAUACUCCAUAUAAAGGACAAGAUUACUAAUAUAAGGAUGUAAAAGAAAAGGAAAAGUUUGCAUAUAAUUUAACGGAAAGAGUUUCAGAUAGAGUAUAUUAGCCAGAAUCUGUGGUUCCAAGAAUCCCUCUAGAUUGCCCAAAAUUUGCAAACAAAAUGCUCUUGAAGGUUAAUUGUUAACCACUUUGUAACUAGACGUUUACUGAUGACUGCCUUAUUGAUUACAGGACGUAUUAGUAAAUGCAGACUAAAUUACAAAGGUUUUAGUUUUGGCUGGUUUAUUAUAGUUCUGUGUUUGUAAACAGACAAUCUGUAAUGUUUGAAUAUUUGUAUUACAGAUGUUCUGCAGCUGCCUUGGAUUUGAAUCCAUGCAACUUUUAGAAUGUGCAGUUAGUUACUUGUUGAAGUUGAAGUUCUCUUACUGUAUCAGUGAAAUACAUAUUGUCAUGUCAGUUCUUUCCAGGAGCUUCUCAUCACCAAUGGAUUUUUUUUUCAGUAUUUCAAUAAAUAUUGAUA